AUGUAUUCUUAUCGUUCCAGAAUAUUAAUUUGUGUAAUUACUACAAUUAACGGAAAUUCCAUGAGGAUCUACAAUGUAACAAAUGAUCCACUAGUAAUAAUACCAUUAGGAAAAGCAACGUUAAGAACAGGAAGUUUAAGAAUUUUACAUCCUAUUAAUAUAACGCAAUUAGAAGAUGUUAUAAUGAAUAAUGAUGAAAAAAUAAAAAAUCAGUUAAAUUUAAAUGCGCUCGACAAGAUUGUAAAGUUCAAGGUUAACAAGUUGCAUGAAACGUUUAGGAAGAUUAGUCCACAUAGUGUACGUACUAAACGCUGGGAUUCUAUCGGCACCGCAUGGAAAUGGAUUGCUGGAACACCCGAUGCUGAAGAUCUACAUAUUAUAAAUUCCACGCUCAAUGCGCUUAUUGAGCAAAAUAAUCGUCAAAUACUAAUCAACGAUAAAAUAGACGAACGCAUACAAGAUGUUACAAAUAUUGCAAACAACGUUCUACGACUAGAAGAAGAAAGACUGCAAGAAAGAUCAUAUGAGAUAAUACAACUAGUAUCGAUUUCUAAUAUCGACCUGCUACAAGAUUAUUUGGAAACCAUCGAAGAAGCUAUAUUGCUAGCAAAACAAGGAAUACCGAGUAGCAAACUCUUAUCACUAGCAGAUUUGAAUCAAAUGGUAACUUUUCUCGCCGAACACGAUAUCCAUGUAGCUACUACAGAAGAAUUGUUGGUAAACGCAAAAGCACAGGUAUCAAUGAACAAAACGCAUGUAAUGUAUAUACUGAAAUAUCCGUAUGAAUCCAAGGAAACAUUUGAAUAUUGGUACAUUGAUUCGAUUUUAAAGGAUAAAAAACGACUUUUCCUUAACAAUAAUCAUAUCAUCAAGAAUCAAACACAUGUUUAUGAGUCGCUACAGCCAUGUGAAGAAAAAGACAACAGCAAAUACCUUUGCGACAGCAUGCAUUUAAAUCCGUCAACUGAGUGCAUACAAAGAUUGGUACAAGGCAAACAUGCCAACUGCACUUACGAAAAAGUCUACUACAACGGAUUGAUAAAAAGAAUAAACGAUGAAUUUAUUCUUAUUAAUGAUGCAAACAUAACGAUUUCUUCAAACUGUAACAACAGUACCCGACUCUUUAAUGGAUCAUACCUGAUACAAUUCGAAAAUUGUAGUAUAUACAUAAAUAAUGAAGAGUACCCAAAUCUAGAAACAACAGUACAGAUAAAAAGUUUCUAUUCAACAUUGGGACUAACCGCAACUGAGAUCGAUACCAUAGAUAAACCACCUACCGAAUAUCUCACCAACAUGACGCUCACCAAUCGAGAAAAGCUACAAAUUAUCAGUCUACAGAAUGAUUCGCUGGCAUGGAAGAUAAACAUCUUUGGAUCAUUAUGGGUAACAUUUCCUAUAACCAUCAUUGGAGUUGCAAUAUUUUGUUUCAUCUACAGAUGCAAAAGAACUACAAUAAGGAUUGAACAACAACCCGCAACCUUCACGAGUACUCCAAUGACAUUCCAAGCUCUACAACGGACUUUGAGGACAAAGUAACUAAGAGGGGAGGAGUUAGCACCAAGCGGAUCUUGUUCUGAUGAAACAGCGAAGAUCAACACAUUCUGAAGUAAACACCAUGCAGCAGCAAAGAUCAGCACAUUCCGAUCACCGUCCCAUGAUCAAGUCGUUAUGCUCCCACGGUCAAGCCGUUAUGCUGCACUUGCAGUUAUGGAACAGUACGGAUCAUAUUACUGCGAGGCCAGCGUAGCGCAGCAAUAGCGACAGUCUUAAGUUAGAUUCAAAGCAGUACAGUCGAGAAGUGCGUUCGCUUCUGCUAGAAUAGUUUUAAGUAUUAGAUGUAAGAAAUAGAAAUAAAAACUUUUUUUUUGGCCACUCGGCCAGACGGAAAGUUUAACUA